GUUAUGCUGUUGUUUGAGUCUCUCACAGUAAAAUGGCAGAAGGCAGUAUUUUGGUGGAACAGGACCAGUUCUCCUGUCCAGUGUGUCUGGAUCUACUGAAGAAUCCAGUGACCAUUCCCUGUGGACACAGUUUCUGUAUGAGCUGUAUUACACACUGCUGGAAUCAGGAGGAUCAGAAGGGAGUUUACAGCUGCCCUCAAUGCAGACAGACCUUCGUUCCAAGGCCUGUUUUAGGCAAAAACACCAUCUUGACUGAAAUGGUGGAGAAACUGAAGAAGACUAAACUACAAGCUCCUGUUCCCGCUCGUGCUGGAGAUGUGGAGUGUGACAUCUGCACUGAAACAAAACACAUAGCCGUCAAGUCCUGUCUGGUGUGUCUGGAGUCUUACUGUCAGACUCAUUUUGACCGUCAUGAAGAAUUUCGUUCAGGUAAACCACACAAAGUGAUCGAUGCCACCGGACGACUGCAGCAGAUGAUCUGCCCUCAACAUCAUAAACAACUGGAAAUCUACUGCCAGACUGACAAGAGCUGUAUUUGUUACUUGUGUACAAUGGAUGAACAUAAAAACCAUGACACUAUAACAGCUCUAGCAGAAAGGACGAGGAGACAGAAAAACCUGGAGCAAAUACAAAACAUCUUAAAGCAGAAAAUCCCGAAGAUCGAGGCAGAUCUUCAGGAGCUGAGAGAGGAUGUGAAGACUUAUAAGUGCUCUGCACAGAAAGCAGUGGAGGAGAGUGAGAGGAACUUCAAUGAACUGAUCAUCUUCAUUGAGAGAAGCCGCUCUGAGGUCACACAGAUCAUCAGAGAUCGGGAAAAAGCUGCAGUGAGUCGAGCUGAAGAACGCAUGAAGAAACUGGAGCAGGAGAUUGGUGAUCUGAAGAGUAGAAACACUGAACUGGAGAAGCUUUUACAAACAGAUGAUCACAUCCAUUUCCUACAGAGUUUCCAUAAAGAGCUUGUCAUGCCAUAUUUAAAAUGGCCUAAGGUCAGAGACACAUCUAUCCUCUAUUUUGAAGAUGUAGGGAAAUCAAUUUCUUUGUUAAAAGAAAAAAUCCAGCAUUUCUGCAAAGAGGAGAUAGAAAAGAUAUCUCGUACAGUGUACAGUUGCAGCUUCAGGAUUAAAAACCACUGGAAUAGAAAGCACAAUAUCGGAUGCACACUGGUCGCGUCACAGUAUAAUACUUUUAAACUCCGAAAGUUUAAAAUCCCUCCACCUGUACUUUGCCCUGAGCGGGAUUCAGAUCACAGUGUACGGCGUGGGAAGUUUCCCCUCCAAGGAUCCAACAAUCACUAGAGGUUUACAUGCACAGCUCUUGCUGGCCUGCGAUAAGGCCAGAUUUAUAGAUUUAUCUUAGACCCUACACAGUUCCAGCAUUAUGACAAAAUACAGUAUUUUAUAAAGUGUACCUUGGUGGAGUCACAAAAUAAGUUCCAAUGAGAUAUCAGAGCAUUUCUUGAUACAGUUUUGUCCCCACCUACUUUAUAUCAAGGGCAAAAAGCCAGAUGAAAGACAUAUUAAUAUACAUUAAGAAAUUACAAUAUUUAGUAAUGAAAAAGUUGUAAUUUGACAUUUGGCAACUUUUAGGAAAUAAGCUCUUCUAUGCUCAUUUAUUUUAUCCUGCAUACUUUCUAUCUUUUGUGGAAUAUAUAAUAUUUUUUAAGUCUUGUGUUGUUGUUUUUUUAUCCAUACAAUGAAUGUUAAUUGGCCAUUUAAUUAUUCACAGGUUGUCUGCUUUUUGUAAUACAUAAUGUAAAUGAUUAGUGUAAUAAAUUGUCAGAAUAAAUUUAAUUUUGUUAACAUUGUGUAUCCUUCUGUAAUAUUUUAAUAAAUCACCACAAAGCUAACCCA